AUGGCUCUCUAUGGGAAGAAGUGCCGAACGCCACUAUGCUGGUUCCAGGAAGGAGAGAAGGUGUUGACUGAACCUGAGUUUAUUCAACAGACGACCGAGAAGGUGAAGUUAAUCCAAGAGAGGUUGAAAGCGUCUCGGAGUCGACAGAAGUCGUAUGCAGACAAGAGAAGAAGGCCUUUGGAGUUCAUUGCAGGAGAACAUGUCUUUCUUAGACUGAAUCCAAUCACUGGAGUAGGUAGAGCCGUUCGACCCAAGAAGCUAUCUCCCAAGUUCAUUGGGCCUUAUCAAAUCAUAAGGAAGAUUGGACCAGUGGCGUACGAGUUAUCCUUGCCUCCUCAACUAUCCAACCUUCAUCCAGUCUUCCACGUUUCUCAACUUCGGAAGUAUAUAGUCGACCCUUGUCAUGUGCUCGAGUUAGAGGACGUUCGUCUUCGUCAAGACCGAACGCUGGAAAUGCAACCAGUUCGUGUUGAAGACAGUCGCACAAAGUACUACAAGAGGAAAGCCAUCCGAUUGGUGAAAGUGGUCUGGGACGAGAAGACUGGCGACGCUACAUGGGAAGUGGAGGAUGCCAUGAGGGACUUGUAUCCCCAUCUGUUUGAGGAUAAGUUUUAA